ACGAAACCUGUGUGUGAAUGUGUGAUGAGGGCAAAAAGCAAGUAACCCAUCUAUCUAGGGUUGGAAGCUUGUACAUGGCCACCUCGGUGGUUGUGGCACGCCUCGCGGGCGAGGCCUCGCAGCCCAAGGUCCUACCUUCUGCGAAUGGAGUCUCAUCCGAGAGCUAUUGGCGGGUAGCUGCUACGCGCCGUUGGCAGGGCCGCGGUGUCCGGUGCUGCGCGGCCGGUUUCCGCGGUGGGGGCGCCGACGCCGACGCCGUGAUCGCCAGCGAGGACUUUGUGGGGUUCUUUCGGGAGGCGUGGCCGUACAUCCGGGGCCACCGUGGGAGCACCUUCGUGGUGGUCAUCUCCAGCGAGGUCGUGUGCGGGCCGCACUUCUACCGCGUUCUGCAGGACAUAUCACUUCUCCAUGGUCUGGGGAUUAAAUUUGUUCUUGUUCCAGGAACACAUAUUCAAAUUGAUAAGCUGUUGUCAGAAAGAGGGAAGAAGGCCAAGUAUGUUGGUCAGUACAGAAUUACUGAUGAAGAUGCAAGAAAGGCUGCAAUGGAUGCAGCUGGUAGAAUACGAUUGACAAUAGAAGCUAAACUUUCUCCUGGUCCUCCAAUGUUAAAUCUUCGUAGGCAUGGUGUUAUUGGACGCUGGCAUGGUCUUGUGGAUAGCAUUGCAAGUGGCAAUUUCCUUGGUGCUAAGAGAAGAGGGGUGGUUAAUGGUAUUGACUACGGAUUCACCGGGGAAGUUACGAAAAUAGACGUUUCACGGAUAAGAGAAAGGCUUGAUAGUGAUAGCAUAGUUGUUAUCAGCAACAUGGGCUUCAGUUCAUCGGGAGAUGUGUUAAAUUGCAACACCUACGAGGUUGCUACUGCAUGUGCUUUAGCCUUGGAGGCAGAUAAACUUAUCUGCGUUGUAGAUGGUCAGGUAUUUGAUGAUCAUGGACGGGCCAUUCAAUACAUGUCUAUUGAGGAGGCUGAUUUGUUGAUUAGAAAGCGUGCUAGGCAAAGUGAUAUUGCUGCAAGUUAUGUCAAGGUUGUGGAUGAGGAAGGCAUCAAUUCUUUGCAUAAAGGGGACGACAGACCAUCAUUGAGUCCCAAGGCUUACAUAAAUGGGUAUGCUGCUUCUUUUCGAAACGGAUUGGGUUUUAACAAUGGAAAUGGUAUUUAUUCUGGCGAGCAAGGGUUUGCUAUUGGUGGUGAAGAGCGGUUAAGCAGAUCAAAUGCUGAUCCUUUUAAAAACGGGUUGGGUUUUAACAAUGGAAAUGGUAUUUACUCUGGUGAGCAAGGGUUCGCUAUUGGUGGUGAAGAGAGGUUAAGCAGAUCAAAUGGCUAUCUUUCUGAGUUGGUCGCGGCAGCAUAUGUGUGCCAUGGUGGUGUUCAAAGAGUUCAUAUUAUAGAUGGAUGUGUUGAUGGAUCACUUCUAUUAGAAUUGUUUACGAGAGAUGGAGCAGGAACAAUGAUUGCUAGGGAUGUUUAUGAAGGAACAAGGAUGGCUACAGCGGAAGAUCUUCCUGGCAUUAGAAAAAUUAUUCGGCCGCUGGAGGAUUCUGGUGUUUUGGUGCGGAGAACAGAUGCACAGCUUCUUGAAGCGCUAGAGUCAUUCUAUGUUGUUGAAAGAGAUGGUUCAAUCAUUGCUUGUGCUGCUCUAUUUCCAUUCCCUGAGGAACAAUCUGGUGAAGUUGCUGCAAUUGCUGUAUCUGAAGAAUGCCGAGGAAGAGGUCAGGGGGACAAGUUACUUGAUUACGUGGAAAAGAUGGCAUUAUCCCUGGGUCUCAAGAAAUUAUUCUUGCUUACUACACGAACUGCAGAUUGGUUUGUGCGACGUGGCUUUUCAGAGUGCUCAAUUGGAUCUAUCCCUGAGCAGAGGAGAAAACGUAUCAACUUGUCCCGUGGAUCCAAGUAUUACAUAAAGCAGCUGUAGCCAAAGCCUGCUGGGAUUAUCGCCAACAAUUUUGUCAUCAGGUGACUCAGCAGCAUGCACAGAGUUUGGUUCCACACUUCCACUUAAUUAAGAUGGUACCAGCCAAGAUUACACCAAUUUCGCGGUUGCCCAAAGGCAUAUAAUUGCACAAAGAAACAAAACACCAUUUUACUGUCACUGUGUUUGAAAGAUGGUUGUCUUUGUUUAAGUAUGUGACAGAAGUUUGUUUUGCCAAUAGAAUCAAGGCAGAGAAGAAAUAGCUGAUUGAAUUAUAUGUAGACCCUAUUUAACAAGCAAUACCAAAGAUGAAGUGCUCGUACAGUAUCAUCUCUGGUUGGUGCCUCAUUGUGUGCAUCAUAGAUGAUUGAACUUGCCUUUUCCACUCAUAGCUGAUUGGCCUUAUCUUUUCUACUUUUGUUGAGAGAAAAAAAAGAGCUAGUGAAACAAUUGGUUCUCUUGUAUCAGAUGUCAAAGUAUCCUUGAAUGAAAACAAAAAAUAUGAAGUGCUCGUCUGUUAUCA